UGAUGGCAUGAAGGACGCCAAGACAACUCUAGAACAGAAUGGAAUCCAUGACAGUGCUGAUACUGAGGACUCCAUGAAAGGGCCACCGGAACCAGGAAGUCCUGUUCCUGAAGAGUGGCACGAUGCCCUGGACAUGAGCUUCCUCAACAACUAUGAAUCUGGGGGAAUAUGUUGGCUUUAAGAAUACGGCAGAGGAGGAGCAUUGUUGCUAUGCAGUUAUAGUGGAACAGCUGUGUGUGCCAUCUGGCCAAUCAGGACAGAGUCCCUACAGAUACAAAAUACAGAUUGGGAAAGAUGAAGUCAUAGAAGUCAGUGCCCUUGAUCUCUACCAAUUUAAACGGGAAAAGAAGCCUUUCUCAUACUCUUCCACUGGAGCAACGUGCAUGGACCUGGUACAACUGGGAGAAUCUGUGCAGCGGUCUUCAUCCACAAAGACCUCACCACAGUCUCUGGAAGAAGCCAAAAAGGAAAUAGACAAAUGUCUGGCAGAGAUUUGGAUUCUGUCUGCAGAGGAGCGGUUCAAGGCCAUCAGACGCCUCUACCUGAGGUGGCACCCUGACAAAAACCCAGACUGCCAACAGCUAGCCACGGAGGCAUUCAAGUAUCUGAAAAACAGAAUUGAGGAUCUUGAAAACGGCAGGACGGGGAAACCAUCCUCACACAGGACGGGGAACCCAUCCUCACAGCAGUGGAACACAAAUUUCAGAAACUUCUACAACCAGUGGAACCAAGAAGCUCAUCGCCACCAGUGUGGGAGAGAGAGGUUCUACAGGGGACACAAUACUAGAUACAACUUCUGGACACAUCAUGGAAAUGUACCACAACCCAACCGAGCAGAGGCUGAGCGCUGGCUGAGACAAGCACAGUGUGACCUAGCCGCUGCUGACAAUGACACAGGAGGCAAGACCACAGAGUGGACUCUGUUCAAGGUACAUCAGGCUGUGGAGAAGGCUCU